CCGGCUACCUGUCAUUAAGAACAACUCGGUUCAAAGUUCACUUUUCUCUCGCAGAGAAGCAACAACACGUCGAGUUAUCACCAUGGCAGCUAAUACUGGGAAACUAGCUGGAAGAACCUUAUUUAUCACUGGGGCUAGUCGAGGUAUAGGGAAGGCCAUCGCCCUCAAAGCAGCGCGAGAUGGUGCCAAUGUUGUCAUCGCUGCCAAGACUGCAGAGCCACACCCAAAACUGCCAGGAACUAUCUAUACAGCAGCCAAAGAAGUGGAGGAGGCCGGUGGUAAAUGCUUGCCAUGCGUGGUGGACAUCCGACACGAGGAAUCGGUCAACAAGGCAGUGGAGGAGGCCGUGAAGAAGUUCGGUGGAAUUGACAUCUUGGUGAACAACGCGAGCGCCAUCAGUCUGACGGGAACGCUGGAAACACCGAUGAAACGCUACGACCUCAUGAACCAGGUCAACACCAGGGGAACUUUCUUGUGUUCAAGGGCAUGCCUUCCUUACCUGAAAAAGGGAAAUAACCCACACAUUCUGAACCUCAGUCCCCCACUCAACAUGUCACCUCUGUGGUUUAAGGGACAUGCCGCAUACACAAUAGCAAAGUAUGGCAUGUCAAUGUGUGUGCUGGGAAUGGCUGCAGAAUUCAAAGAUGAUGGUAUUGCUGUAAAUGCGUUAUGGCCAAGAACUGCUAUUUACACUGCAGCAAUGGCAAUGCUGGGUGGAGGUGACGAAGUUGCCAAGCAGUGUCGUAAACCUGAAAUCAUGGCUGAUUCUGCCUAUGUAAUUUUUACCAAAGAUAGUCGAUCUUUCACUGGAAACUUUGCCAUUGAUGAUGAGGUGCUCCGUAAUGCUGGAGUCACAGAUCUUGAACAGUAUUCCUGUGUCCCAGGACAAACACUUCUGCCAGACUUCUUUUUGGACUCGGCCCCAGGUGACAUUCAGAAACAGAUGGAAGAUAAGCCAGACAUGGCGAAGGUGGAAACAUUGGCCAGCAGUGGAGUAGACAAGACGUUCCUCACCAUUGGAAGUAUUCUUACCGAAGACAUGGUCAAAAGUGUCAAAGGCAUUUUUCAGUUCAACAUAACUGGUGAUGAGAACGGGACCUGGUUUAUCAAUCUAAAGACCGGCAGUGGUUCAGUAGGUAAAGGAGAACCCCAGGAUAAAGCAGACGUCACAGUUACAUUAAAAUGUGACAACUUCCAAAAAAUGUUUGCUGGAAAAUUAAACCCAACAACAGCGUUCAUGUCAGGAAAACUCAAGAUCAAAGGGGACACAGGACUUGCUCUUAAACUGGAUAAAAUUAUGGGAAAAGCAAGAGCAAAAUUGUGAAAUUUCAACAGCAAAUAUAUACAUGUAUAAUAUUAUAUAUAUUUUUAUUGUUGCUCCUUACUUUGACAUGCACUACUGAAAGUAUUAAAAAAACCCAUUAUUAUUGCACAUAAUUGUGGAGCAUCUAACCCUAUCCUUAUGAUACUUAGUCUACAUUCAAGACUAACAGAAUCUGAGACUAAUGGCAUGCCAAAGCCAUACAAAUUGCAUGCACGUGAUGCCAUUAAAGACUUCCGUCUCUGUAAUAUUCAGUUGGAGAUUUACAUCAGUGUAUACAGUGUGAGAAUCGGAGCAUAACAAACAGUGAAACUGAAUCAUGACAUUCUGACAUUGAGAAUUAACUUCUACUAGCAGAUUAUAAUUUUUCUUGGCCCACCGAUUUGUAGCAGAUUUCUUUAUUUUAUCAUUAGUUUUAGGACAAUGUCUGAAAAUUACGUUUUGUGCCAUGACAUAUAAUAUUUACAUAUUUAUUAAACUAAAAGUGGGGAGUGGGGAUUGGAUAUGUUAAUAUCUUACAGACAGAUGUCAUGAAUAUUGUAGUACAAUUUCUCACUCCAUGUUUGAUUGCUGGAAAAAACCCAGGGAAUUUCCUGGCAAAAUGUUUUAGUGUGUGUGUGUGUGUGUGUGUGUGGUCUUGCAUUUAUGAUUAAACUGAUUUAUGGUGAAUGGAAAAAAGCAGAGAAAUGUCUUAUUUCUGUUAUUACAGCAAUAGGUUCAGCUGCUUUGUUGUAUUAAAGUGACAUUGUUUAUUCAGCAGAAGUUCUUUUUCAUUUUGUUUGUGCUUAUUAACCGCUGGAUGAAAACAAUAACAGAAUAUCGGGGAAUUUUUCACCACAUGGGGAAUUCCCAGGGCUCGCCCUGUACAUAGCCAGAUUACGGUAGUUAAAAGUAGCUAUAACAUUUAGUUUUUGGCUAAUAAAAUAUUCCUUAAAUUAACCAGAUUUUAAUAAUUUUCAAGAAAAUACUCAACAUACAUGUACGUAUCUAAAAAUUGGCUAAACCAAAAAAAUUUCCACUCUGGAUCCUGAGAAACAUUCACAGAAAAAAGCUGAUAUACUAUGUCAUUAACCUGUUGUUCUCCACUUACAUCAAUAAUAAUGUGUGCUGUGUGUUCGAUCAUCAUAAAAUACACAAGACAUUAUUCAUUGGAAUUAUAUAUAGGAUAAUAAACAAGCGACCAUGUAUGUCCGAAUGUAAAUUUGGUUAUGAAGGAUAUAUAUUUGAUAAUUGAGACUGUUUGUUAUUCAGUUUACUACCUCGGCUAUUUUCUCUUAAAAACCUUUUAUUUCUUAUAUAUCAAUACAUUUACAUGUAAAUCACUUUACACGUGUCACUUUUCUGACUAUUGUUUUUACUUUGUAUUUUAUUUAUAUUUACAGAUAAUUUUCAAAAUGCUAAAUUUUAUUUAUUCUUAUCAAAACCUCAGGAAUUAAUUAUAUUAAAAUAAUUACACAAUUUAACAAUGAAAACAGAGGUGUAAAUACAAAUUCUUUAAACUAAUCUAUAUGCCAUUAUUUUUUGUUUGCCAAAUCGUGAUCAUGUCAUUUUAUAGUCUGUCCCAUCCUAUACAAAAUUAUUUUUAUAAAUAAUCUGAGUUUGGUUUGAUGUAAGAAGAAAAGUAAAUGUUUUGGAAAAAAACCAAAAACAUUUUUGUGUGCAAUUUAGAAAACAAUUAGCUGAAAAAUUAAUAACUUGUAAAAAAUUCCAUAGUAUGGGAAGGACUAUUAGUAUGGACAGUAAGUGCCAAAUAGUCUAAUAAUAAUGUACUUUACACAGUGAGAAAUUAUUAUUUUUAUUUCCAUGGGUACAAGUGCCUGCUGGGUCAAUAAAUAUAAUAUUUUACUUGGUAUUUCCUAGGUACGAGUCCCAAAUUAUAUUAUUAUGUCCAGUAAGCAACAAGAUUUCACUGACUGAAAAACUGAAGAGAUCAUCAUGUAUAUGAAAAUGAUUGAGAGAUAUUUUGUUGUGAUGUGUGGUCUUGCAUUUAUAAAUUAACUUGUGGUGAAUGGGAAAUAAGCAGAGAAAUAUCUUGUUUAUGAUAUUUCAGAAAUAAAAUGACAUUGUUAAAUCA